AUGGAAGAACCACAAAUUAAGACUGAACCUUCGAAUGAUAUAUCAUCAGAUAAACCACAUUUAGAAGAAUCAUAUCAUCACCAAUCGAAUUCUAAAAGACCAUCAACACUUGGAGCUCCAAAUGAUUUUAAAUGUCGUUGGACUGAUUGUCCGUCAUCCAAUUAUACAAAUUUAACAGGUUUAGUGAAUCAUUUAAAUUUAACCCAUAUAAAUACUAUCCCAGUAGGAUCACCUGCAAGUAAAUACAUUUGUUAUUGGGAGAAUUGUGCACGAUAUGGAUUAGAACAACCAAGUAGAUUUGCUUUGGUGUCACAUUGUAGAACACAUACUGGAGAAAAACCAUAUUUUUGUCCUGUUCCUGAAUGUGAGAAACAUUUUACUAGAUCAGAUGCAUUAACUAAACACGUUAAAGGUGUACAUGAAUUAUAUUCUAUAAGAGAUCAAUUGAAUAUAUUGAAAGAGAAAGUUAGGAAAGGAAUGGAUAUUGAAUUUGAUGUUGAUCAUCUAUAUGAAGAUGAAUAUUUGAAGAUUAUUGAACAUGAUUAUGAAUUACAGAAACCGUGGUGGUUUACAAAUGAGUUUUUGAGUGUUUUGAGAACAAAAGAGGAAGAGCAGACAGAAGACGAUACUAUGGUUGAUUUGAAAUCUAUUGAUAAAUUACCAUUUGAUUUCCAACAAUAUCGAGUAGCGAACUCAAGAUAUAAAAAUUUUAUAACUCUUUCGAGAGAAGAACUUAAUGAUGAUGAAGAGAUUGAAGAAUUAAUACUGACUCACGAUGAGAAUAAUAAUAUCGUGAAUGUGGCUAAGAAACAGAUCGUACAUGAGAAUCCCAAGAGAAGUUUCCCACAAGUUAGCAGUAAUUCAAUCUUAGAGAAUUUAUCAAGUUCUACAAAGAAAUUGGUCCAUGAUUAUAAUUCGAAGGGAAAUAUUAAUGUUGAUGAUAUUGAGAAGAUUAAAGAUCUAGAUCAGUUGAAAGAAUUGCAUGAUAAAUUAGCCAAUCAGUUGAACACAGGAUACAAAAUCAACAAGAUACUAGCUUCGCAACUCAUUUCAAGUAUUAAGGAAAAGAGAAAGUUGUGGUUAUACAAUCAAUUAUUAAUUGAUGCGAAUUUACAAGUUGGUUUACCGCCGGAUGGUAAAACGGGUCCAAAGCAACGAGUAAUGCAAGAUAAGUUUGAUAGUGAGUUAUUGCAUAAAUAA